AUGGACACCGGGCACGUAAGCAGAUCCCGCUUUAGCGUGGCCUCCAGCCCCCCGCGGUGGGAGAUUGGGCUCUACGCCGCCGGCGCCUUGGCACUGCUGGGAAUCGCAGCCGUCAACCUCUGGAAGCUCUGGCGCUCUGGCAGCUAUCCAGCCCCUUCCCCCUUCCCAAACUAUGACUACCGGUACCUGGAGCAGAAGUAUGGGGCAAUGUAUCCAGACAUCAGGCACAAGCGAGGGAUGGCCCCGGGCACACAGAGGGCUCCAGAGAGGAGCUCACCCGCCCGCAAGAGCAGCCUGAGGGCAGACGACACCUUCGAGAGCAUCCACGAGCUGGGCAGCCUGGAGCUGAUGGGCAGAGACCUGGGCCUGGCCCACUACGGCCCCCUGAGGAAAUCCAUCUCGGCCGACUCCCUCAACUCCAUCUCGUCCAUCGGGAACAACUUCGGGCAGGAUUUCACAGUGGGGCAGGUGGAGGUGUCCAUGGAGUAUGACGCAAAGGCAGCUGCCCUGCACGUGACGCUGCUGCAGGGCAAGGACCUGCUGGAGAAGGAGGACGCGCGCUUCGAGUCCUGCUUCAUGCGCAUCAGCCUCCUCCCGGCCGAGCAGAUCGUCGGCAUCUCUCGGAUCCAGCGGAGUGCCUAUGCCGUGGCCUUUGACGAGCGCUUUUCGGUCCCGCUGGAUCCAGCGGCGCUGGAGGAGAACAGUCUGCGCUUCUCCGUCUUUGGCAUCGACGAGGAUGACAGGAACGUCAGUACUGGUGUGGCUGAGCUCAAGCUCUCCGACCUGGACCUGGCCACGCGCCCCUUCAACGCCUGGCUCUACCUGCAGGACAUGAACAAGGCGGUGGACACGGUGGGGGAGAUCCUGCUCUCCCUGAGUUACCUGCCCACGGCUGAGCGGCUCACGGUGGUGGUAGUCAAAGCCAAGAACCUCGUGUGGACCAACGGCAAGGUGACUGCAGAUCCCUUUGUCAAGGUGUACCUGCUGCAGGAUGGGAGGAAGAUCAGCAAGAAGAAGACAGCAGUGAAGAGGGGCGACACCAACCCCGUGUUCAACGAGGCCAUGAUCUUCUCAGUGCCAGCAAUUGUGCUCCAGAUGCUGGCCACGCUGAGGAAGCCUGUCUCCAUGUGGCACCCGCUCCGCAGGAAUUAG